GAGUAUGCGCUCCGCGCCAACCGCGCGAACUCUGGCGUCGAGCGCUCGUCGGCCGCGAACUCCCUCCCGGCCCUUAGGCCCACGACCACACGCGAGAAGCAAAACACGCGAUCACGAUUAUUCUCUGACUUGGGGAUGGAGAUAACGUCGUAUUUAGAGAGCUUGUCGAGAAUGUUCUUAUACUUGUGGGCCCAUGAUUUGGGCCCGUCGAGCGUGAGGAAGAGAACGUCUCAGCGGCAAGAGGACAUCGGUGAAGGCGUGGAAGUAGUUGCUCGAGUAGCCGCCCGUCGAGAAGACGACGACAGGUGUGCGCACGCGUGGCGUGUUGUUGCAAUUAGGCAUAUUGAUCGGGGUUUGGUUGAGACCUUACUCAUGGCAAACUUGUCGAAUUUUCGGGCGUACGGUUUUAGUGUCCACUCGGAGGAGGAGGUGUUUUUGUUGUUUAUAGGAGAAUCGUAUACGAAGAUGGUGGACGAGCGGCCGUGGAAUCUCACAUCGCCGGUUAUUUCGUACACGUCCGAUCUCGAAUUGCUCCAGUUACGAAUGCUCGGAUUAAUCGCGGUCCGCACAGUUUUGACCCUGGUGAAAGCUCUUUCCAAUGGCAACAGCAACGGACAUCAAUUGAGCUACACGCUCGUGGUCUGGAACAAGAAAGGUCUUGAAAACCGUGAAAAAUGUGAGUGUAAUGAUGAGGCAACCAAUGAGAGCUCCACAAGCAAAUAUUUUCUGUUCCUUGAGGCUAAAACUUGU